AUGCCUCCGCUAUCGCGGAGCAAAUCAAAUCCCGUCGCGUCGACGACGUACAUUCAGCGCGCUCUCCGGGAUGCGGAAAAGUCUCUUUUCGCUCCCAAGCCUGUUGUGUUCGCGCCAUCGCUCGCGCGACUACAAGCCACACAAGCGAAGGUCUCCGAAGAAAUCGACGCCCGCAUUCGGCCGAAAUGCCCUUCUUUGCCUGUGUCGCUCCUGCCAGAAGACGACAUCAAGGUGGAAGAGCUGCUACGGAGGCGCGGUGUUAUUGGCAAAUGCGUUCGCGAACAAGUCAGCGACAAGGAUCUUCAACGACUGCGACCAGGCCAGUGGCUUAACGACGAGAUUAUUAACUUCUACGGGCAGAUGAUCACGUGUCGCGCAGAGGAGAGCAAAGAGAAUUCACGAGAGAACCUGUUGGACGUGCACUAUCUCAGCACGUUCUUCUGGUCGAAGCUCAAGAAUGAAGGAUACGAGAAGGGCAGGCUAGCGAAGUGGACAAAGAAGCUUGACUUGUUCUCGAAGGACGUUGUCCUCAUUCCCGUGAACCACAACAACUCGCACUGGACGGGCGCGGCGAUCAACUUCCGGAAGAAGCGGAUCGAGAGCUACGACAGCAUGAACAUGGACCGAGCACAGGUGUUCAAGCUCUUGCGCGCAUAUCUCGACGCCGAGCACCGAAACAAAAAGAAGAAGCCGUUUAAUUUUGACGGCUGGGUUGACUGGACGCUCGAAGACACGCCGCAGCAGGAGAAUGGCUACGACUGCGGCGUCUUCACAUGCCAGUUUCUGGAAACACUAUCGCGCGGCGAGGAAAAGUUUGCCUUCACGCAGGCGAACAUGCACUACCUCCGGAGACGAAUGAUCUGGGAAAUUGGGCACACGAAGCUUUGGACCGACAGAUAG